AUGGUCUCUACCAAAACCAUCCUCUUCAUCUGCCUCUCCUCUCUAGCAGCAACCCAGGACACGACCUGGACCUGCGCCAACACCCAAGGCCAAAUCCGCAUCAGCCAAAACUAUGCCGUUUCUGCCUCCCACCAGGCGCCUCUCUCCGACCACAAGACCAAAUCCAGCUACCCGCACUGGUUUUCCAACGGCUACGACGGCGACGGUAACGUGAGAGACGCCAAAAAUAAACCGCCCAUUAAGUUCCCAGUCGGUCAGUGCAACAAGCCCCCGAAGCAUAGCAAGGACGGAGAUGCGAAGGAUGAUCAUUAUCUGUUGGAGUUUCCGCUGAAGAAGAAUGGGAAGUUGUAUCCAUUUGAUAAGAAGCCGAAGGAGUUGACAGAGCCAGCGAGGGUGGUUUACACUUGGCCGGAUAACGUGUUUUGUGGGAUUGUGGCGCAUACGGAGGGUAGUAAUGGGCCGCUUGAAUUGUGUCAUACAUAG